AAAGGCUGGAUAAUGGCCCCACUACCAAAUGCUGAAUUAGUUAAGAACUCUUUGCAGUUGUAUCGUUACCUGCUUCGAUGCUGUAAGCAACUUCCUGAAGAGAAUAUUCGUCAGCAUUACAGACAUGCGGUCAGGCAGAGUUUCAAAGUUCAUGCCGAUGAAGACAACCCUGAGCGAAUCCAGCAGAUUAUUAAGAGAGCCAUUGAAGAUGCUGACUGGGUCAUGAAUAAAUAUAAAAACCAGAAGUAGAAGAUGAAUGAUGAAGACAAGAAUGUCAUUGGUAAACAUCCUUAGAGGACUUGCAGUCAA